GGGCUCCGGGAGGUUCUGUCGCGGCUCAGCCUGGCCCGCGAAGACGUGUCCGAGGCGUCGGCGCUGGUGAACCUGGUCGUCUCGCACCUGGUCCAGGCCAUCCGCAUCAAGGACAGCUGCUUCAGCUCCAUCGAGCGGCAGAGCGCCGGCAGCUACUACGAGCGCGUCAAGAUAUCUGAACCAAAUGAAUUCGACAUCAUGCUUGUAAUGCCUGUUACAAGGAUUCAGCUGGAUGAGGCUGAUGAUACUGGAGCCUUUUAUUAUGUAUCAUUCAAAAGAAUUCCAAAAGAAAAGGGUUGGCUGAGGUUUUUAGAAGAAGAUGGAAAAAUAUCAGCCUUUAAAAUGCUCCAAGCACUAAGAGAAAUUAUUAAACAGGAAGUAAAAAACAUUAAAGAUGCGGAAGUCACUGUGGCAAGAAAAAAGGUUGGAUGCCCGGCAAUAACUCUUCAGAUCAAAAAUCCUCCAUCAGAAAUAUCAGUGGACAUCAUCUUGACUUUGGAGGCUCAGCAGAGCUGGCCCCUCAGCACACAGGGCGGCCUCAAAAUUGAACAGUGGCUGGGAACGAAAGUCAGGAGGAAUAUGAGAUUUAGAUCAAUUUAUUUAGUAGCCAAGCAAAACAAAAGUGAAAAAGUUCUAAGAGGGAACACCUGGCGACUCUCCUUCUCGCAUAUUGAAAAGGACAUGAUAAAGAACCAUGGCAACUCAAAGACAUGUUGUGAAUCCGAUGGACCAAAGUGCUGUAGGAAAGGUUGUCUUAAGCUGCUGAAGUAUCUUCUAGAGCAACUUAAAAUGAAAUAUCCAAAAGAACUGGAAAAAUUCUGUUCGUAUCAUGUCAAAACUGCUUUUUUCCACUCCUGCAUCACGUGGCCAAAUGACUCAGACUGGUACUUGGGAGACCUGGAUCAUUGCUUCCAGCAGUGUCUGGGAUUUUUUGUGGAUUGUCUGCAAAAGUCUCAGCUGACUCACUUUUUUAUUCCCCAAUACAACUUGCUCAGCCUAGAAGAUAAGGCAAGACAUCAUUUCCUUUCAAGAAAAAUAUGUCAUGAAUUGAACAAUGGAUUCCCAGUAUUUCAUGAGAAUUAUUAAGGACAUUUUUCACAACAGAUAUCUAAUCAUGUUGACUUGCAUAUUUAAAACAAAAAAUUCUGCACCAUAAACUACUCUUCAGUAGUCUGGUACUACGAAACCAAAAAAACAAACCAAAAUAAAAUCAAGAACACCAAAAGAAAAAUGCAUACUUCAGUCAUUGCUUAGCCAUAACCCUCAAAAGAAAUGUUUUAAGUAAUAUUUACCUUUAUCUUCAAGGUGUACUAAGAACAUACAGAAGAAUUUGCAAUAGUUCAUUUCCUACAUGUAAUUUCUAUGUUUCCAAAUACAAAGGCAUUGAUGACUGCAUGAAGGGAAAAAUGACAAUCUUAUUUAAAAUUAAGAUCCACUGCAGAAUAUCCAAAAUACACUCCUGCUUUCAAAAGAAAAAAAAAAAAAAGCCACAUGUCAACAUUAACCAGAACAACUUCUCCAGAUCACCUGCAUGGAUGAUCUUUUGCAGAGGACAAUGCCCACCAACAGUUAGCAGAGAGAGAAUAUUUGAUCUGAGUAAUACAAAGUUUCUGAAGUAAUUUAUCCCUUCUGAGUCUUCAGAAUUACUUUAGAAAUCAGUAAUUUUACUAAAAUAUUUACUGAAUUUCAUUAGUUUUUAUUUAAUCAUAUGACACAAAUAAACACAAGUUCAGCAUCAAAUGAAGGAACAAUUCCUUCCCAUAUAAAUUUCAAAGAGUAGAAAACAUGCCCCAUUAUCACUGGGAGUCUGUGUGACAGAACCUGACAUCCAAAUGUGAAGUGUGAAUCAACUUUAUCUGGAAGAAAUAUAAGCUGACCUUCAAAUGUAUUAUUUUCUCCAUGACUUUGUCAACAUUUUUCUAGUAAAUUCUGGCUUUAUUCCUUAAACUAGAAUAUUACAUCCACAAAAACCAGAAAACCAGAAGCUGGUUUUCUUCCCCAGUUAGCCACAAACAAGUACUUCUUGUCAUGCCCUCCUCCAUUACAAGAAAAUGCAGACCACUCUCAAAAAAUUUUGAAACACAAGUCUUAAAAAUGACCUCCAACGUUUUUUUAAAAAAGAAUAAAGAAAAGUUGCUUCAGCAAACAUAAGUAAUGGCAAACAGAGCAGUUUUUGUUACCCUGAGCAAUACUUCUGAAUGCCAGCAGCAUAUCAAGGCAAAG